AUGGAGGCAUACAAGCUUCUCUACCACGACAAGGCGACAACCCAUGAGAGAAGACUGCUAGAUGAAGGUUUUCCCAAACUGUCGCGUUCCUUCAAGUCACCGCCUGCCGAGCGUCAGCUUGGAGGACGCGGCGGCGGCGGCGACGGCGGCGGCGACCGCCGGGAGCAGCACCGACGAUGCGGGCGCGGCGCGGAGGCUCCGGGAUCCCCUCUCGCCUCGCCGCGCUCCCCCCUCGCCUCGCCCUGCUCGCCCAGCAAGAUCCCGCGCUGCUGCGCCGCCACGCGCAAGCGCCUCGACUCGCUGCGCCGUGGGAGGCCGCCGUUCCCGUGGUUUGGCCUGGACAUUGGUGGCACGCUUGUCAAGCUGGUGUACUUUGAGCCGAAGGACAUCACGGCCGAGGAGGAAGAGGAGGAGGUGGAGAGCCUGAAGAGUAUCCGGCACUACCUGACAUCGCACGUUGCCUACGGCCAGACGGGCGUACGCGACGUGCAUCUGGAGUUGCAUGGCCUUACCAUGUGCGGCCGGACGGGUAGCCUGCACUUCAUCCGUUUCCCAACGGUUGACAUGCCGGCCUUCCUGGCCAUGGGUCGGGACAAGCACUUCUCCAGCCUGCACACCGCACUCUGCGCCACGGGGGGCGCCUACAAGUUUGAGCUUGACUUCCGCACGAUGGCCGAGCUGCAGCUGCGCAAGCUGGACGAGCUCGACUGCCUCAUCCAGGGCGUGCACUACAUCGACUCGGUGGGCUUCAAUGGCGUAGCCGAGUGCUACUACUUCUCAAACCCCACGGAGCGCGAGCGCUGCCAAAAGACCCCCUUUGUGCUGGGGGACCUGUACCCCCUGCUGCUCGUGAACAUCGGCUCGGGCGUCAGCAUCCUGGCCGUGCAUUCGCCCAACAAUUACAAGCGCGUCACCGGCACGAGCCUGGGAGGCGGCACGUUCCUGGGGCUCAGCUGCCUGCUGACGGGGUGCAAAACGUUUGAGGAGGCACUGUCCCUUGCCGAGAGAGGGGACAGCACCAACGUGGACAAGCUCGUGCGAGACAUCUAUGGAGGCGACUACGGUCGCUUUGGCCUUCCCGGCUCUACUGUAGCUUCCAGCUUCGGGAACAUGAUGUGCAAGGAGAGGAGGGAGGCGGUGAGCCGGGAGGACCUGGCCAGGGCCACUCUCGUCACCAUCACCAACAACAUCGGCUCCAUCGCACGCAUGUGCGCCCUCAACGAGAAAAUCGAUCGGGUGGUGUUUGUCGGAAACUUCCUGCGAGUGAACACGCUGUCCAUGAAGCUCCUGGCCUAUGCCAUGGACUACUGGUCCAAGGGCCAGCUCAAAGCACUGUUCCUGGAGCAUGAG